AUGAAUCUUGCAGCAUCAAUAUGCAGUAGAUUGGGUGUCAAGCACCUGGUUUCGAAUACUCCUGUGUACAGCAGAGCUUCUGAUGUCACGGCAGAAGGAUUGAGUUUGACAUUUAGGCGCUGGGCUACUAAAAAAUCUGCUGGAUCCACAAAGAAUGGCCGAGACUCAAAUCCUAAGUUUCUUGGAGUGAAGAAAUUUGGUGGAGAGAGAGUGAUACCUGGAAACAUCAUUGUUCGCCAGAGGGGCACCCGAUUUCAUCCUGGAAAUUAUGUUGGCUUAGGGAAGGAUCACACCCUUUUUGCUCUGAAAGAAGGCUGUGUAAAAUUCGAACACCACAAGCUCAGUGGACGCAAGUGGGUGCAUGUCGUGCCCAAGGAAGGUCACAUGCUUCACCCUGUCUAUGCAGAUGUUGCAACCACUUAG